UAUAUAUUUUCAUCCAGAGUGCAGCUCAGCUCAGCGUCACCCCAUCGAUCACGACAAACCCUAAUCUACUCAUAAUCUCAAUUCAUAUACAAUUAUAUAUAUAUGUAUAUAAAUAUUCGCUCUCUAUCUAUAUAGUAACGUCACAUGCAUAUAUAUAUUUAUUAGGAUUUGAUUAAUCGAUUCAGAUUGUGCUGUGCGGAGAGCUCUAAGAGAUUGUGUGUUGUAUCUCGCCAUGAAUUGCCACAACGGAGAUUUGGGUUCGCAUUCGAAGCUUGAGAAGCUCAUUAUCGAUACUGAUCCCGGAAUCGAUGAUAGCAUGGCCAUCUUAAUGGCGUUUCAAACUCCAGGACUGGAAAUUUUGGGCCUGACUACAGUUUUUGGUAAUGUCACGACAAAAGAUGCCACACGGAAUGCAUUGCUUCUGUGUGAGAUUGCAGGAUGUCCAGAUUUGCCUGUGGCGGAGGGCAGUCCUGAGCCUCUAAAGGGAGUAGAACCACGUGUAGCUGAUUUUGUCCAUGGCUCUGAUGGUAUGGGAAACAUGUUCCUACCUUCUCCAAAAGCGAAGAAAAUUGAAAAGCAUGCUUCUGAAUUCUUAGUUGACAAGGUCUCUGAAUAUCCUGGUGAAGUAUCAGUCCUUGCUUUGGGACCCCUGACAAACAUAGCUUUGGCAAUCAAACGGGAUUCUUCCUUUGCAAAGAAUGUGAAGAGACUAGUGAUUCUUGGUGGAGCUUUCUUUGCUUUGGGAAAUGUAAAUCCUGCUGCCGAAGCAAAUAUUUAUGGAGACCCAGAGGCUGCAGAUAUUGUGUUUACUUCUGGAGCAAAUAUCGUUGUCGUUGGAAUAAACAUUACAACUCAAGUCAAACUUACAGAUGCUGACCUCCUUAACUUAAAGCAAUCAAAAGGAAAGCAUGCUCAAAUUCUAAGCACCAUGACCAAAUUCUACAGAGACUGGCAUGUGAAGUCGGACGGUGUCUAUGGUAUUUUUCUUCAUGACCCGGUUAGUUUUGUUGCACUAGUUCGACCUGACCUCUUUACAUACAAGAAAGGAGUUGUGCGGGUCGAAACGCAGGGCUUAUGUACAGGCCAUACUUUAAUGGAUCAAGGACUUAAAAAAUGGAAUACAAGCAACCCUUGGACAGGCUACUCUCCCAUCUCUGUUGCUUGGACAGUGAAUGUAGAUGAGGUGGUCAGCUAUAUUAAGAAUACAUUAUUCAAUCCAUGAAAACCUUGGGAAUUUAGCUUCAAAUUACAGAAGAUGCUAAAGCUAAAAUGAAGAUUGGGUUACCUUUACUAAUAUUCCUGUCUUCUUUCCUCUUUUUCCGGGGGACAACCGGAUCGAUGCUCGAUGCCAAGAGCUCAAUGUGAAUCCUUUCUUCCCCUUGUUUAUUCAGCUUGUAAAAAACUUUUCUAUAAUGAAUUGAUGCUAAUGUUUGCGUGGUAAUUAAAAAAAAUUCAUUUGCACCCUCUA